AUUUCACUCAUUCAUUCAUUUUCUCUCUCUUUUCCCACACAAACAUAAAGCAACACAAUACAACAUCCACAAACCCUCUCAAACAUUCCUUUUUUUCUGCUUUUAAAACCACUUGCUCAUAAAGCUGCUCAUUUCCCCUUUUUCACUCCAAAAAAAAAAACACAAUUUUUUCCUUUUGCUUCUUCUUUAAUUUCUACUUCUUCAUCAUCAUCCAUGGAUACUUCUCAAUGGCCUCAGGAGAUAGUGGUGAAGCCCAUGGAAGAUAUCAUAGGUAACACAUCAAAACCUAAUAAUUGUGUUGAAAGGAAAUUAGUUAGACCACAAAAAGACCAAGUUGUGAAUUGUCCAAGAUGCAAUUCAACAAACACAAAGUUUUGUUAUUAUAACAACUAUAGUCUUUCUCAACCAAGGUAUUUUUGCAAGACUUGUAGAAGAUAUUGGACUGAAGGUGGAUCUCUUAGGAACAUUCCUGUUGGUGGUGGUUCAAGAAAAAACAAGAAAUCUUCAUCUCCUUAUAAUCAUCAUGUUAUAUUAAACAAUAAAAAACUUCCUGAUUUGGUUGUCCCUCCACCACAACCAGACAAUAUCGACGAAUAUCCAGAAAGGCAUUUUGGAAAUCGACCUCAUGAUCAAAACCCUAGUAAGAUUAUCCUUGAAGGAAGCCAAGAUCUCAAUUUGGGAUUUUCAUCUGAUUUCAAGACUAUUACUGACCUAAUUCAGGUACCAAAUUAUGAUGGGAGUAACAAGGACAACAAUAAUAUUUCAACAAUAUUGCCUCCUCCAUCUUCUUCUUCUUCAGCUUCUUCUCCAUCUCAACUUUCCGCGAUGGAGUUGAUUAAUGGGAUCACUAAUAAUAAUAAUAAUAAUUCGUUCAUGACAAUGCCAAAUUCAGUAUACAACUCAUCUGGAUUUUCAUUGAUGCCAUCUCUAAAUUUCUCCUUGGAUCAUGGAAUUGGAAAUGAUGUUCAUCAUAGUAGUAGCUAUGGAAAUAACAAUAAUAAUCUUCAAGAGACAAAUGCAAAUGGAAGGUUUUUGUUUCCUUUUGUAGGGUUAAAGCAAGUUUCAAAUAACACAAGUGAUGGUGCUAAUGAGCCUAGUCUUGGAGAUCAAUCUACUAAUGGAUAUUGGAAUGGGAUGCUAGGAGGAGGAGGAUCUUGGUAACAAAAAAAAAUACUUUAUAUUUAUUACUAGUUAAGGUUUUUUUUUUCUUUUUGAAAAAAAAUAAUUACGAUCAUACAUUGGGGAUUAGGAAAGUGAGAAUCAAAUAUGCUUAUUACGUGAUUAUUGAGACUGUCACUGAUAUCACUAGACUAUAUGUUUGUUUCUGUGAUUUUAUUGUAGUGUACUUUAUUGGUGGGGAUUUUAGUUUCUUCAAAAAAACUAACUCAAUUGGAUAGAAGGAAUUCUCAUUCCUCCUAAAUCUUUUCUUUAUUUUUUAGUUUUGUAAUUUGUGAUUAAUUUAAUUUGAAUUAAUAUUAGUUGGUGGGAAGUAAUUAUGUGAAGCUUAUGGGAUAUUGUGAAGAAAAUAUUGUGGAAGAAGAUAUCUAACCCAAAUUUUUUGGAGGGCACAAUAUUCUACUAGUGUUAAUUAAUUGUUCUAUGUCAUAUUAGAAAAAAAAUGUAUUAUAUUGUAUGAUUUUUAAGUUUGUAAUAUUGAGCUUUUGGAGAGUUGCUACUUAAUUAAUUUAUUUGAGCUA